ACUUGUGCCACAGUAAAAGCGACAUAGUGUAUAUUGUGUAUGGUUAUAUUAUUUGAGAGCACAUAUUUAUUAAAAAUUAAUAAUUAUGUUUUUAGUCUCGGUUGUUUUAUCUGUCGGUUUGAGUGCUUUAUUUGCAGAAGCAUUUCUUUCAAGUAUUAAUGGAGGAAAUCUGAGGUUUGUUUCUCAACAAGAACCAUCGACUACACAAGGAGAUCAAGCUUAUGGCACUGCUCCAAACAUGCCACAAUCAUCAAUGGAAGAAAACCAACCCAUUUAUCCAAUGCCACAACAGUCAAUUAUGCAACCACCAAUGAUGCAAGGAUUCCAAUCUCCAUUUUCAAUGAAUCCCGUAAAUCAGCAACAAUUGUCUCUAUUGAUAAUGUCAGCGUAUGCUAGAAUGAUGGCAUUAACUCAACUCAUGAGCUUGCAAAACAGAUAUCCAUUUUAUCAACCUAAUCAAUAUAGUGAUCCAUCCGUAAAUAAUUACGGGCCAACUCCAGCUCCACUGCCAUAUGCUCAACAACCUCAAGUAGAUCUACAAAAUAAUUUGCAAAAUGAAAUGUUGCAACGACAACAAGAAGCAGAAUCACAGCAAAAGGCAAUUUUAGAACAGCGAAGGGUACAACGUGAAUAUGACAUGGACAUUGAAAGACGCAAAGCGCUUAUACAAAGAAAAGCGGAGGAAGAUGAAUUAGAAAAACAACAACAAGAAGUGGAACGUCAAUUACGGGAUAAGGAAGAAAUUAGAAGGGAAAGAGAAGAAUAUCAAAAACAAAUAUUUGAAGAAGAACAAAAAGAAAUGGAACAAAAAGAAAAGGAUCUUAAAUUACGCCAAGAAGAAGAACUAAGGUUUCAAAAAAUUGAAGAGGAAAAAAAAUUGAAACAAAAACAAGAAAAUCUGAAACCAAAAGUGAGAAUAACCAGAAAAAUACGCAAACCAAUAGUUAAUACUGUUAAUAGCAAAAAUUAAAGAAAGAUAUUAUUUUAAAUCCAUAUAGCCAAAAUACCAUCAGAAAAAUAAAAAUAAAAAUAAAAAAAAACGUUUGUGUAAAGAUAAUUUAUAAAUUAUGAAUACAAGAUGUACUUAUUAUUCAUAAUAUGUUUGUAUUUAAAAUCAUUAAAUAUAAUAUGUAUUAUGAACUAUAAAAAUAAAGUAAAAACUUUGUAGCUAUUAAAUUAAUUUAUAAAAUAAUACUACCUAGUAAAAAUGUUAUUUGUUUAUGAAAUUAUAAAAAAGUCUUUAGAAAUAUUACUAUCAAUUAGAUAACCACUUGAUACAUAAAUUAAAAUUAUCAUUUUCAUCAUUUUAAUACAAAGAUAUUUUUAUAGAAUAACAAUAUAAAAUAUACAAUAUACCUAUUUUCCUACU